CCUCGCGGCGGGGGAGGAGCCGCGGCCGGCGAGGGGCGGGACCGAGGGCGGGCCGAGCGAGGCAGCCAGCGGAGCCGAGGCCGGCAGAGCAUCCUGCGCCCCGGCGCGGGGCCCUGCGGUAGCCUCGGGCCCCUCCCCUGGACCUGCCACAGACCCAGUGUGGAAUACAGAAGCUGCCACCAUGACCACCCACGUCACCCUGGAAGAUGCCCUGUCCAACGUGGACCUGCUGGAGGAGCUGCCCCUCCCUGACCAGCAACCAUGCAUCGAGCCUCCGCCUUCUUCCAUCAUGUACCAGGCUAACUUCGACACAAACUUUGAGGACAGGAAUGCAUUCGUCACAGGCAUUGCAAGGUACAUUGAGCAGGCUACGGUCCACUCGAGCAUGAAUGAAAUGCUGGAAGAAGGUCACGAGUACGCCGUCAUGCUGUACACCUGGCGCAGCUGUUCCCGGGCCAUUCCCCAGGUGAAAUGCAAUGAGCAGCCCAACCGGGUGGAGAUCUAUGAGAAGACAGUGGAGGUGCUGGAGCCAGAGGUCACGAAGCUCAUGAAGUUCAUGUACUUUCAGCGCAAGGCCAUCGAGCGGUUCUGCAGUGAGGUGAAGCGGCUGUGCCACGCAGAGCGCAGGAAGGACUUUGUCUCCGAGGCCUACCUCCUGACCCUGGGCAAGUUCAUCAACAUGUUCGCCGUCCUGGACGAGCUGAAGAACAUGAAGUGCAGCGUCAAGAAUGACCACUCUGCCUACAAGAGGGCAGCCCAGUUCCUCAGGAAGAUGGCAGACCCCCAAUCUAUCCAGGAGUCGCAGAACCUCUCCAUGUUCCUGGCCAACCACAACAGGAUCACUCAGUGUCUCCAUCAGCAGCUGGAAGUGAUCCCCGGCUACGAGGAGCUGCUGGCGGACAUUGUCAACAUCUGCGUGGAUUACUACGAGAACAAGAUGUACCUGACCCCCAGCGAGAAGCACAUGCUCCUUAAGGUAAUGGGCUUUGGCCUCUACCUGAUGGAUGGAAAUGUCAGUAACAUCUACAAACUGGAUGCCAAGAAGAGAAUCAACCUUAGCAAAAUUGAUAAGUUUUUUAAGCAGCUGCAGGUGGUGCCCCUUUUCGGCGACAUGCAGAUAGAGCUGGCCAGAUACAUUAAGACCAGUGCUCACUAUGAAGAGAACAAGUCCAAGUGGACGUGCACGCAGAGCAGCAUCAGCCCCCAAUACAACAUCUGCGAGCAGAUGGUUCAGAUCCGGGAUGACCACAUCCGCUUCAUCUCCGAGCUGGCUCGCUACAGCAACAGCGAGGUGGUGACGGGCUCCGGGCUGGACAGCCAGAAGUCAGACGAAGAGUACCGGGAGCUCUUUGACCUGGCCCUGCGUGGCCUGCAGCUUCUGUCCAAGUGGAGCGCCCACGUCAUGGAGGUGUACUCCUGGAAGCUGGUGCAUCCCACAGACAAGUUCUGCAACAAGGACUGUCCUGGCACGGCGGAGGAGUAUGAGAGAGCCACACGUUACAAUUACACCAGCGAGGAGAAGUUCGCCUUUGUGGAGGUGAUCGCCAUGAUCAAGGGGCUGCAGGUGCUCAUGGGCAGGAUGGAGAGUGUCUUCAACCAGGCCAUCAGGAACACCAUCUACGCAGCCCUGCAGGACUUUGCCCAGGUGACCCUGCGCGAGCCCCUGAGGCAGGCCGUGCGUAAGAAGAAGAACGUCCUCAUCAGCGUCCUGCAGGCUAUUCGGAAGACCAUCUGUGACUGGGAAGGCGGACGUGAGCCCCCCAAUGACCCGUGCUUGAGAGGGGAGAAGGACCCAAAGGGCGGGUUUGACAUCAAGGUGCCCCGGCGAGCUGUGGGGCCGUCCAGCACCCAGGCCUGCCAGUGGUCCCCGAGGGCUUUGUUUCACCCCACUGGUGGCACACAGGGCCGAAGAGGCUGCCGAUCCCUGCUGUACAUGGUGCGGACGAUGCUUGAAUCGCUCAUCGCAGAUAAAAGUGGCUCCAAGAAGACCCUGCGAAGCAGCCUGGACGGGCCCAUCGUCCUGGCCAUCGAGGACUUCCACAAACAGUCCUUCUUCUUCACACACCUGCUCAACAUCAGUGAAGCUCUCCAGCAAUGUUGCGACCUCUCUCAGCUCUGGUUCCGAGAAUUCUUCCUGGAGUUAACUAUGGGCCGGCGAAUCCAGUUCCCCAUUGAGAUGUCCAUGCCUUGGAUUCUAACAGACCAUAUCCUGGAAACCAAAGAACCUUCCAUGAUGGAGUACGUCCUCUACCCUUUGGACCUGUACAACGACAGUGCCUACUAUGCCCUGACGAAGUUUAAAAAGCAGUUCCUGUAUGAUGAGAUCGAAGCCGAGGUGAACCUGUGCUUCGAUCAGUUUGUCUACAAGCUGGCAGAUCAGAUCUUUGCUUACUACAAAGCAAUGGCCGGCAGCGUCCUGUUGGAUAAACGAUUCAGAGCAGAGUGUAAGAAUUACGGAGUCAUCAUUCCGUACCCACCGUCCAACCGCUACGAAACGCUGCUGAAACAGAGACAUGUCCAGCUGUUGGGUAGAUCCAUUGACUUGAAUAGACUCAUCACCCAGCGCAUUUCUGCUGCUAUGUAUAAAUCCUUGGACCAGGCCAUCAGCCGCUUUGAGAGUGAGGAUCUGACCUCCAUCGUGGAGCUGGAAUGGCUGCUGGAGAUUAACCGGCUCACGCACCGACUGCUCUGUAAGCACAUGACGCUGGACAGCUUCGACGCCAUGUUCCGGGAGGCCAAUCACAAUGUGUCGGCCCCCUACGGGCGCAUCACCCUGCAUGUCUUCUGGGAGCUGAACUUUGACUUCCUCCCCAACUACUGCUACAAUGGGUCCACAAACCGUUUUGUCCGGACUGCCAUUCCUUUCACCCAAGAACCACAACGAGACAAACCCGCCAACGUCCAGCCUUAUUACCUCUAUGGCUCCAAGCCCCUCAACAUUGCCUACAGCCACAUCUACAGCUCCUACAGGAACUUCGUGGGGCCCCCGCACUUCAAGACCAUCUGCAGACUGCUGGGUUACCAGGGCAUUGCCGUGGUCAUGGAGGAGCUGCUGAAGAUCGUCAAGAGCUUGCUCCAAGGGACCAUCCUCCAGUAUGUGAAAACUCUGAUAGAGGUGAUGCCCAAGAUAUGCCGCUUGCCCCGGCACGAGUACGGCUCUCCAGGGAUCCUGGAGUUCUUCCACCACCAGCUGAAGGACAUCAUUGAGUAUGCAGAGCUGAAAACAGACGUGUUCCAGAGCCUGAGGGAAGUGGGCAACGCCAUCCUGUUCUGCCUCCUCAUAGAACAGGCGCUGUCCCAGGAGGAAGUCUGUGACCUGCUCCACGCUGCACCAUUCCAAAACAUCUUGCCCAGGGUCUACAUCAAAGAGGGGGAGCGCCUGGAGGUCCGCAUGAAGCGCCUGGAGGCCAAGUACGCCCCGCUUCACCUGGUGCCCCUGAUCGAGCGGCUGGGGACCCCUCAGCAAAUCGCCAUCGCCCGAGAGGGGGACCUGCUGACCAAGGAGCGGCUGUGCUGCGGUCUGUCCAUGUUCGAGGUCAUCCUGACCCGCAUCCGCAGCUACCUGCAGGACCCCAUCUGGCGGGGUCCACCGCCCACCAACGGCGUCAUGCACGUAGACGAGUGUGUCGAGUUCCACCGGCUCUGGAGUGCCAUGCAGUUCGUCUACUGCAUCCCUGUGGGGACCAAUGAGUUCACAGCAGAGCAGUGUUUCGGGGAUGGCUUGAACUGGGCUGGCUGCUCCAUCAUCGUCCUGCUGGGCCAGCAGCGUCGCUUCGACCUGUUUGACUUCUGUUACCACCUGCUCAAAGUUCAGAGGCAGGACGGGAAAGACGAAAUUAUUAAAAAUGUGCCCCUUAAGAAGAUGGCCGACCGCAUCAGGAAGUACCAGAUCUUGAACAAUGAGGUCUUUGCCAUCCUGAACAAGUACAUGAAGUCUGUGGAGACAGACAGUUCCACUGUGGAGCACGUGCGCUGCUUCCAGCCACCCAUCCACCAGUCCCUGGCCACCACCUGCUAGGCUGACGGUCCUGCAAGCCCUAAUCCCAACAGAGGAGAAGCAGGAGAGAAAGCCACGGCCAGCCUGCAGCAGAGUCCGCCUGGACAGCGUGUGGGAUAGACCUGGAAGUAAACAUGAACCUCCCCAAACUCAUCCCCACCACGCCCAGGGGCUGGGCUUGUGCAUGCUCUCCCAUGACAUCUCCAUGGCAGGUUUUCCAUAGUGUAAAUGAAAAACAAACACAAAGAGGCAGUGUGUGCUUUGCUCCUCUCUAACUGUCUUAGGAGCUCUUAGCUUCCCCCUUUCUCCGUUCCAUAGUCCCAGGGUGGCGACCGCCUACCCAGUGUCCUCAGGUCAUCCUAGUCUCAUGGUCACACCUCAGCUUCCUGGAUUCUGCAUCUUCUCUGUCCAUUCUUCCAGUUUCCCCGGUGCCAUCUCCUCCUUCUCUGGGUGUUAGGAAUUCCCCUGCCGCGAGUUCACUUGGACCAGAGGCUGGGAGCCAUGGAGACCCAGAGGUCCCUGGUAUUGGUGUCACAGAAGAUGGUAUUGGCUCUGGCCUUUCAUAGGCUCCCAACAGCACCAUCCUAACUCUCCCCUCAAAGCAGUCCUGGACACAAGGCAAAGAUACUUCCCAGCUGUGCUGCAUGGAGUGCAACUGGGUGGGGAAGAUGGUCUGGCCCACUGUGCACAAGUGGCAUUUAUGCACACAGCCAGGAACUCCACAUCUGCAGACACGACCGUCAGCCUGACGGUGAGGUGGUGCCUUUGCCCCUUCAGCAGAUCCCUGGCGACAGCCACGCGGGGCAAUGGACAUGUCAUUCUGGGCACGGCCCACAGCGUUCGCCAGUCACCAGAUUUGGAAGCACUUCUGGAAUACAGGACAUCUCCCCCAGGAGACAAAGUAUUAAAGGGUUAACCACAGAGGCCCCGAACGUCUUGGGGUGGGGGGGGGACAGGGAGGUAAGGAGUGAAAAUUAGGAGUCACCCGAACAAUCCUGUUGUUUCAGUCAAUCGGAACUUUCCUUGUCCCAACUGUGAAAGAGCCUUUGAACAUUUCAUCUUUUGCUUUCAGCUUGCCAUCCCCUCCAGACUUCUGAAGUUAGAUGUUUGGGAUACGGAUUCUUGAUGGGGGGUCUAUUUCCUUGCAUUUUCCAGACUGAAUCAAAAAUCAUCCCUCUGCACAAUCUCCCACAGGUAUGGGGAAACCAUUUGGGAAGACAGAGGCUUUGAGGUAAAAAUGUCCUUUUAGAGAGCACAUCUUCACAGGGAGCCUGUAGGCCUGAGCUUUUCAGAAGGUAGAAAGUAUGACAGUUGCUACUUUUGCUCCAGCCCAGGGAGGAAGAGUAGAGAGAAAAUGGAGAGAACAAUGAUGAUCCUCUCCCUGUCCCUCUGGGGUGUCUCCCAGAGCAGACAAAUGGCACUUGUUACCCUUCGUCACAGAGCCCAUUUUUUAACCCCAUGGGAAGAGCAAAGGAAGCACUGGGUGACGCUGUCUUGUUCUCCCUGAGCAAAGGGGGCAUCCAGUGUGGUCCGAGGGCCACCCACAUGUCCUGAGAUGAGGACAUUUCUGUGAUGAUUCCCGAGUGUCACCCCAACCCCAAUUCUGAGUCCCUGGGAAUAGGGCUAGGAAAUUUGCAUUUUCUACAAGCUAGCCAAGUUGAACACCAAAGUUUGAGAACCAGUGGAGAGAGGAAUCAUUCUGCUAACCUUGGGCUUUGAGCUACCUCCAGGCCGUGAAACAAAGUUAUCUGUAGGCUAGAGAACGGUCUCCAAGUGCAAAGGGGCAGCUCCUCCCUUUCCAGAGCUGCCACUUCCUAUUUUGAUUUCUUACCUUUUCUUGAAACCCACAGAUGUGUCCAAGAGGCCAAAGAGAGAGGUUACAACACAAGGCAGCACGAUAGGGUAAAGCAUGCCUUCCAAACCUGCAUAACAUCUCUAGGCUCCGGAGCCUUCUGUAUCUUCCGUCCUGUCUUGGAAUGAGAGCUGGCUCUUUGCAGAGAUAGAACUGGUUUUUAAGUGCUAGAGUGCAUCCUAAAUGCUUAGCCAUUGCUUUGUAGGACCACCCAUUUGGUAAGAUUGCCAUUGAUCAACCCACGCUUCCCACAUUGCAUUUCUAACUCUGAAGUUGACCCUCUGAACAGUCACAUUAUCCUGCAGAGCCCUGACCCCAGUAAACUCGAGUCUUCACAUUCAAGAGGGAGGUUUCGUUUCCCUAGCAGCACUUAUUUAUCAAUGCUGGGCAAGUUGACUUUUUUUUUUUUUUUCCUCCCUAGCAUUGUUACUGCCUCCUUUUUUUUUUCUUUUGUGUGUGUGUGUGCGUGCGUGCGUACGUGUGUGUGUGUGUCUAAGACCCAGGAAAAAAAAAAGCUGAGGUUUUAAAGUUUUAAAAAAUCCUGUUUCAGAAACUGUCAAAUGUACCAUAUUUGUAUUAAGAGUUGUUGGGGAUUUUUGUACAAUGAAUUUACAUUUAUUUAUGGUGACUUAUAUUUACGCUCGUGAUCAGAUAAUGAUGUUAAAUUCUUAAAUCAUAUUUGCUAUGCAGCUGAAGAUGAUAUUUUGAUUUGUAUUUUGGGGGUACCUGUGUUGAGUUGAUAAACAUUUCCAUCUCCAUUAAAACUGCUUCCAACCUAGUAAAA